AUGAUUGUCAAUGCAUCCAUUGGUUCACUUGUGAAAGGUCCGAGCAUCACUAGUGGAGAUGGAAAAGGUCUACAGAAAUUAGCCGACAACACCAGUCACAAUGAGAAGAUUGGUCGCCUGUUUACCGUAUCAUUUGCAAGCCAAAUGGAGAGAUCGCACAAGUUCAAUACUGAAAUCGAGAAGUAAGCUCCCUAGUUUCUACGACUUUGUGGAAUUUCUACAAGAAAGACCAAGCUCCAAGAAUAACGCAGUAUUUGGUAAUUUGAAAGAGUUGAAUAAAAUCGAUGUCAUCUGAAAGAAAAGAUACUCUGACUCAAAUAUAAAUGCUCCAAGAUUUUCAAGCUUUACAACACAAUUUGCACCAAAACAAUCUGAUCGUAAUGCUGAUCAGACAACACCUGUAUGUCCUGUAUGUCAACAUAGGGUACCGCCUUCAAUUGUGUCCAACAUUCCUGAACAUGACAGUCAUAGAAAGGUCGUCCUAGAAUCUAGACUUUGUUUCUAAUGUUUGUCAUUUGGUCACUACAAGAAAACUUGCAGAUAUGGUAAAUGCGACGUUCACGGUUGUUAUCGAAGACAUCAUAGGCUUUUGCAUUUGAACAACAUAGAACCGAAGAAAGAUCAAACCAAUGUUGAAAAGUCGGAGCAACGAAAGGUAACUACAUGUGACGCCAAUGUCCAGACAAAUGCAGCGAAUGUUGUCCCAGAUGUCUACAAGGGUGCAACAGCACUACCAGUUAUGGCAGUUGUAAUCUGCGGACCAUAUGGCCUGAGUAAGUCGACAUACGCCCUGUUAGAUCAAGCGAGCAAAGCCACCUUUAUACACAGUAACCUAGCCAACGAUCUUAACCUAAAGGGAACCAGAAGUACACUUUCCAUAAAGUCAUUGACUGGAUCCACUUCAAUCAACGCAGAGAAAGUAACAGUCACCGUUGAAGCCGUAGAACGAACCCAUGGAGAUUCGAAGCUUCUAGUAAGAGACGUAAUAGUUACUGGCAAUUUCGAUGUACACCUUAAAGUUGUGCGAAGAAAAGACAACUUAUUGGGAUGGAAACAUUUGUCGGGCGUAAACUUUCCUGAUGUCGAGUGCAAAGAAAUUCAAAUGCUAAUCAGGGCUGACAAUCCAGCAGUUUUCAUUACUGAGCAAGUCAGAGUUGGUGGACCUGGUGAACCGUGGGCAUUCAAAUACAAACUGGGCUGGGCUCUGAUGGGACCAACUAACUGUGAAAGAUCAAAUCAUGUUGACGUUUAUCUUUUACAACGUACAAACACCGAUUCUGAACAGUUGUAUCUGAAAGAGCAAGUCAGCCAUUACUUUAAGGCAGAUGGCCUUGGUGUGGUGUCGGAUACUCAAAAGGUGAUGUCCAUUGAAGAUAGAAAAGCUCUGAAGAUGAUGGAAGAAUCCACAACUAUUGUUGAUAAUCACUACGAAGUAGGAAUGCUGUGGAGCCAUAAUAAUCCUCAACUACCCAAUAAUCGGUACAUAGCCCUUAAGCACCUUCAGCAUCUAAAGAACCGCUUGAAGAAAGAUGAAGUUUUACAUCAGAAAUAUUGUGAGAAAAUCGAAGAAUAUGUAAAGAAGGGAUAUGCGAGAAAACUAUGGCAAGACGAAGCAUCGAUACUAUGUGGUAUCUCCCUCAUCACAGAGACAUACCAUAUGAAUGUACAUAUCUUUGGGGCCAAAGAUUCUCCCUCAAUUGCUAAUUUUGCAUUGCGGAAAACAGCAAAAGAUAACUCGAGUGACUUCAGCCAGUCAGCUGUUGAUGCAAUAGAGAAAGACUUCUAUGUUGAUGACCUGCUAAAAUCUCUACCCAAUGAACAGGAAGCGAUUGAACUUUCCAGCGAGAUUACUGAGCUUCUUCUGAGGGGUGGUUUCCAUCUAACAAAAUUCAUGAGUUCUAGUAAGAAAGUUCUCGCCGCUGUUCCAGCAUCAGAAUGUGCAAAUCCAUCAUUUAACCUUACUAUGGAUAAGUCGCCUGUGUGCUUGCCUUUGGAAAAUCCCGGGCUGCUCCUUUACGAAGAAUUACAAUUCCACGGUUGGAAUUGCAAGCGGCGGUGCUGUCGCUUGGGAUUGGUGAAAUAAUUCAGCGCGAGAUAGAGCUCAAAUUCGACCGAGUUUGCUACUGGACAGACUCUGAAAUCGUACUGAAAUAUAUCCAGAAUGAAAGUAAACAGUACACAGUUUACGUGGGAAAUCGGAUUGCAGAAAUUCAAGAGAAGUCAGAAUUAUCACAGUGGCAGUAUUGCCCUAGCAAAGAAUACCCAAAUGACGACGCCUCCCAUGGUUUAAAUCCAGCAAAGUUGACAUCCGAAAGUCGAUGGUUAAAUGGUGCAACAUUUCUGAAAGGUGCUGAACCGACUUGGCCAAUGACCUUGUUAGGGAAACUGGCUAGUGAUGAUCGUGAACUUAUCGAAAGUACCCAGGCGAACUUGCUGUUUGAUGUGGAAACAUCCAGUUUCGAUCAAUUGUUGAAGAGAUAUUCCACAUGGGACAUAUUAAAAGUUAAAAUCGUGUGGCUAACAAGAUUCAAAAGUCAUCUUAGAAAUUGUCAUUCAAAGAAUUGUAGUUGUUCACGUGGGAAACCCUACCUCAGCUGAAUUAGAAGAUGCAGAACACGAUAUUAUAAAGAUCAUUCAGCAGAAUUUCAAACCCUCUGCACUGGAAAAGACAAGGUGAAAGCAUCCAGUAGUAUUGUGAAGCUAAAUCCAUUUAUUGGUAAAGAUGAUCUACUUCGGGUAGGAAGUAGAUUAGAACAUGCUCCUCUAAACUAUGAUGCAAAAUUCCCUCCCAUUCUACCAAAACAUCAUUGGGUCGCAGAGCUUAUCACAAGACACAUACACAAUAACAAUGCUCAUAUCGGGCAAGAGCAUCUGUUAAGCCUACUACGUCAAAGAAUUUGGAUUUGUCAAGCGCGGUCCUUAGUUAGAAGAAUUAUCAACAAGUGUUUCGUCUGCAGGAGAGGACAUGCACCAAUGUUGCACCAGCAGAUGGCAAAUCUACCACCUUGUUGUGUCAUUGCUUAUGAACCCCCCUUUACCUACAUCGGUGCAGAUAUGUUUGGACCAAUACUUGUGAAGCAAGGUCGUUCAACAGUCAAAAGAUGGGGAUGCAUUUUCACGUGUAUGUGUUCCAGAGCAAUCCAUUUGGAAGUUGGCUCCAUC